UUCGAAACAAACAAUUGUUAGAUUAACGUAAUCUUCUUAUUGAUUCCCAAGUCAUGGCAAAACUACUGUGUUCUUAUCUGUUCAUCUGCAUGUUUGUUCUCUCAGGCUUUUUGGUAUUUUCAAGUGCAAAGCAGUUAAAAACAUGUACCUCGGUCAUAAAACUUGGCCACCCAUGUGAUAUUGAAUCAUGCCUAAACGAGUGUUUUCGAGUUUACAAUACCGGAUUUGCAACUUGUCGCGGAGACAAGUACUCACAACUUUGUACUUGUGAGUACAAUUGCUAAGCUUAGACGUACUCCUCAUGUAUGCUGUUAAACUAAAGCAAAAAAUCUUUAAUGUUAAGUACCUUAUUCUAUUCCAUGUAACUGGAGGAUAUGGUCAAAUAUAUAUGAAUAAAAAAACUUUUAAAUAUUCUAUAUGACUGCAAUAUAGACCGGG